AUGGGUCAGACACUGAGUGAGCCCGUCACUGAAAAGGUAAGCCCCACUUUGGUCCUUGAUAAGCAGCAGCCAACAGCGGCGGGCGGAUAAUGGGUCAUAGCAGCGGCAAUUGAUUCAUGAUCUACACGUUAUAUGUAUGGCCUGUCUGGGGCGCCUCGUGCGACAGCUGACCUUCUUCCACCAAACAGAAAUCAGACGAGGGCCAAGAUGAUCGCGUCGCCUUUGGCGUCAGCGCCAUGCAAGGUUGGAGAAUAAGCAUGGAGGACGCGCACGCUGCAGUACUCGACCUACAACCGCUCGAGGGAGACGAGGAGCUCAAGCCCGCAGCCUCGGACGUGCGGAUAUCAUUCUUCGGAGUAUAUGAUGGCCAUGGAGGAGACAAGGUGGCAAUCUACGCCGGCGAGCACCUACACAACAUCGUGGCCAAGCAAGAGUCGUUCAAGAGUAAGGACUUCGAGCAGGCGCUCAAAGACGGCUUUCUCGCCAUUGACAGAGCUAUACUGAGUGGUGCGUAUUUCGUGUGAAGAGGCCAUUGGGUGGAGAUUGCGGCCGCUGACAAAUGACGUGAUGCAGACCCCAAGUAUGAGGAAGAAGUUUCUGGCUGCACCGCCUCUGUGGGUAUCAUCACCAAGGACAAGGUCUACGUGGUAUGUUCAGCGCAUUGUGAGCUGCGUGGGUAGCAUAUUGACUUCGCGCAGGGUAACGCUGGAGACUCGCGAUCCGUUCUGGGCAUCAAAGGCCGCGCCAAGCCUUUGUCCUUUGAUCACAAGCCCCAGAACGAGGGCGAAAAGGCACGUAUCUGCGCUGCUGGAGGCUUCGUCGAUUUUGGCAGAGUGAACGGCAAUCUGGCAUUGAGCAGAGCCAUUGGCGAUUUCGAAUUCAAGAAGAGCGCAGAUCUGCCUCCGGAGCAACAGAUUGUCACGGCGUUCCCAGAUGUGACCGUACAUGAGCUUGGAGAAGAUGACGAGUUCCUCGUCAUUGCGUGUGAUGGUAAGUCUGGGUUUCCAGUGUGUCCUUUUCGGGUAGUUGACCGGUUGCAGGUAUCUGGGACUGCCAGUCAUCACAAGCGGUCGUUGAGUUCGUACGGAGAGGAAUUGCCGCAAAGCAAGAGCUGCACUCUAUCUGCGAAAACAUGAUGGACAACUGCCUCGCAUCCAACUCCGAGACCGGUGGUGUGGGCUGCGACAACAUGACCAUGGUCAUUAUUGCUCUGCUCAACGGCAAGACGAAGGAGGAGUGGUACAAGAUGAUCGGCGAACGGGUCGCGAACGGAGAUGGGCCCUGCGCACCUCCUGAGUACGGCAAGUCUUGA